AUGGCAGCCAGAAAUAUCGCCGACUUCAUCCAUUUCCCCGCAGCACAUCGGGGACACCGGGCCUCCUUACCACCGGACGAGAGCCUCGUACUGAUCACCCAGACCCUCGCGACGCCAGCCGAGUUCAUGUUACAUCACUUCAUCCAUACCGCACUCCUCAACGCUCGCUCCGUCGUCUUUAUUUCAUUCAUGAAUAACUACCACCACCACGCCUCCAGCCUCCGUAAAUGGGGCCUCGAUCUCACCACACACAAACAAAACGGUACAUUCACCUUCAUCGACGGAUUCUCGGACAUCCUACUCCCACCUCCGUCCAACACUACCCCCAAACCCGGCGCAGACCCACGUCUAUACUUCCCUGACCCGCGAACCGGCGGUGGCGGCGGUGGCAUAAGCUCCUUCGCACCACCAAUAACGACAGCCUUGAAGGGCAUGAACGACGACCCUGUAUUAAUCAUCGAGGGUCUCGAGACCGUUAUUCUGCUCAACAACCCUCCUAUCCCUCCCCAUCGACCCCCCCCUCCCUCCGCCCCCUCCCUGCCCCCCACCACCACCACCCCACCACCCCCCCUCGAACGCGCCCACGCCCUCCUCCUCACAUCCCUCGCCGCCCGCGCAUUCCGCAUCAUCAACGUCGAGCCACUCUCCACCGGCCGAGCGAAGGAUGUAACGGGGGUAUUGAGGAUGGUCAGGGGUGGUGCGUCUUACAUUGGAGAAGAGGGGGAGGGGAAGGGGGAGGAGGAGGGGAGGGGGGAGUGGUUGUUUAGUGGGAUGAGGGUUUUUGCGAGGGGGCAUGGGGUGUGA